UGAGAAAAGUACUCCAAAAUACAAUUUUUAAUUGCGUCGGGUAAAAGUCAAGAGUCAACAAUCAAAAGUUAAGUCGGGCAAAAGGCAAGAGUUAUUAUUGAGAGCCAGACGAAAAAAGAUUGAUCAGUGACAAAGAAGGGGAUAGGAGAGUAAAUUGUAGAUGUUAUAGAUGGGUUAGAGAGUUAGAAAAAAGAGGGGAAACGGCAAGGGCUCAGAGGACAAGGAGCAUAAAAAGAAAGUAAUCAAUUGAUCGCGAAAGGCAAGAAAAUCCUGCAGUCCCUAUCUUUUACGAUUGAAGAUUUUAAUCCGGUGGUUUCCGCUGAUAAUAAGCACAGGAGAAGAAGGUGAUGGCCCGUGUGACGCGUACCCGACGAAAAAUGGCAAAUACGACCGGCGCUCCCUCUUCUUCGGGCAGCCUUCUAUCAACCCCUUCAACGACACCUUUUACCACUUCCACGUCGGCGACAUAUUCCACCCAGGGUUUCAUCUUCAAUUACAGCGGCCUCGCCAGCCAGGAGGGUUAUUCUUUGAACGAAGUGAACUACACACAACUCUUCGUGGAUAUUUUGAACAGCAGCGAGACCGGCAAUUUUACAGAAAGGCUCAACAUCACAAUCCUAUCAUCCGGAAGCUAUUGCGAUGAAUGGGAAUCAGCUCAACAUAAACUUUUUCAGGCAGCGAAUCUUUUCUUCGCAGCAGCUUUCUUAGUCCCAAGAUCUUUCAAGGCAUCCAUUCUUGCUUUGCGAACCUUUCUUACUGCCGGUUUUAUGUUGAAUGCUCUUUGGGCCGGCAUAACGAUUUGCGCUUUAGAUGCGAUGCUCUGGUGUCUGGCUUUAGGUCUUCUCAACGGGAUCCACUCUCUCAUCUUGGCCUGUAGAUUUCUUCCUCCAGCUCUCAGUCCCGAACUGGCAGAACUCUACCUUAAACUUUUUAAACCCUAUAAGGUCAGCAAAAAGCACUUUCAAGAACUGGCCAAGGAAGCGAGGGUACUCAAACUCGAUCCUGGUCAGACCUACGCAACAGAAGGUGUCACGGCUGCUGAUGAGAGACUGUCGAUACUUUUGCGGGGAAAACUAAAAGUAACAUGUGACGGUACUCAUCUGCAUUAUGUGAGAGCGUAUCAAUUCGUCGACUCUCCGGAAUGGGAAGCAACCCAAGAAAAUCUCGAUGAUGUCUUUCAGGUGACAAUCAGAGCUGAGGAAUCGAGUACUUAUAUUUGUUGGACGAGGUUGAAGCUUCUGAGGGUGCUGAGGCAUAGGCCCUUGUUAAAAGUAGUUCUCAACACCCUCAUCGGAAAAGAUAUCACAUCCAAGUUGUACGCCUUGAAUGAACAGUUAGCUGGUGUUGCGGCAGCUCACGAACAUGCUGUUUCAAAUCCUUACAGGGGCGUGGCCAGAAGUCUCAGUGUUGAUGCUGUGAACACCGAAACUGCUGGCAGGGUUCGCUCGUCUACGUGGAAAGCUCAGAGGAGAUACAGCAAUCCACGCAGUGACAGAAGCUCACCAGCGCAGUUUUCGCAUCAGUAUUGGGCACCAGUAGUUGCGAACCAGUUUCCAGCGACUUCUCCUUUCACUCCAACCCCAUGUGGUUACGCCGGGUAUGCGGGGUAUUCUAUGUUACCCCAGGGUAUCCAGUUUUCGCCACCCACGCGAAUUACAAGCGCUUCGCAUCCACCUUUAACUCGACAGCGAAGCGGCGGAGCUAGUGGUGACUACACUUUACUGCAACAAACUCCAAAACUCGAGAGAAAGCGUUCGAAAAAAGGAGCUAGGGAGGUAACUUUUGAGACGCCUGUAUGACGGUCGCUCGACGGGGAAGGCCCUGCAAGUGUUCCACUGCUCUCGUUGUCGCCGCAACGUGCUGCCUAGCCCUGUCUUAUAAAUCCAAAAACUCCUUGGUUCGUUUAUAGAUACAUCGCUUAGUGUCUCUUCAAAAAAAAAAAGUCUCCAACGUUGGGCCUAAUGUGAUUUCAUUGUGACAGUACCAAGGCGUGUUCCAUCAUGAAGGAACUCAUUAAGAAUAACAAAAAAUAAACGAAAAAGGAACAAUACAUCAAUGAAUUACAUGAAAUUUUUCUUCAGUAAAUGUGCAAUGUGUAGAGACGUGCUUCAUCGGAAUAUAAAUCUAAUUUACAAUACUAAAAAGACAAAGUAUGAAAUAUAAUAUAUAAGUGAAAACUAAAGUGUAAAACGUGAAACUUGACCCACUUCCAAUUAAGAGGCGAUCAAUCAUCUUCUUCCGAACUAGAGUUACACUCGCUACGUAAUAUAGUGAUUCAUAGACUCUAAUUUAUAAUGACCUUGAACUAUGGCAGUGCCGAUGAUUAGAUAAUAGACGAUAUGAAAGAUAAAACGAACUAAUAUCGAUUUUCCUUUAUUAAAGAAUGGAAGAAUUUAUCAGAAAGAUCUUCCCACUGAGUAGAUUAAAAAAAAAAAGUAUAGUAAUAUUAUACAGGCACACGAAUGAGUUUUAAUUUAAAAUCUUACAAAUGUAAUGAGAAGGUUGAAAAUAGUGUAGAAUUAUUUUUCUUUUAUGAUUGUAUUAUUAUUUUUUUAUUUAUUGUAUUUGGAAAAUGUUAUUUAGGGUAUUUUAUGAUUGCUAUGAUAUUAGCAUCACUUUCAGGGUCAUUCUCCUUCAACGUGUUUAUUUGCACUUAUUUUUUGUUGAAUAAUAAAAUUAGUUAAAAUAUUGACUAUCCUA